CUUUUCCAAGUAGUGUUUCAGUGUUCCAACAACCACCCAGGAGAUCCAAAAUGUUCAAGAUCAUCGCUUUGGUUGCCUGUCUGGCCAUUGUUGCCUCGGCUCAAUACUACGGAGAAGAACACCAUGGCCACCACGCUGUGGAGCACAAGGAACACCAUGACCAUCACGAUCAUCACCCCAAGUACAAGUACGAAUACGGUGUAAAGGACGGUCACUCCGGAGACCACAAGAGCCAGUGGGAACACCGUGAUGGGGAUGUCGUCAAGGGAGGAUACACCCUGGAUGAAGCUGAUGGCACCCACCGUGAGGUUGAAUACUCCUCCGACCACCACAAUGGCUUCCAGGCUCAUGUCAAGCGCGUCGGACAUGGUCACCACCCACAUGGCGAGAGCUACGCCAACGUCGAUCAACACCACUAAGCAAGUGAAGCGCCGAUUGAUUGUUACUAAAAAGAAACCCUUUAAGUUCCUACUGCCAAGGUUUGUACCUUGUUGCUAGAAAAUUAUUCCAACCCCAAAUUGACUGAAUAGUAA